GCAGAUAGCUGCUGUGAGUGUAAUGGGAGGCGAUCAAACAAGCGAGCAUUCCUUCAACCCUUUUACGCUCCUCCUCUCUCUUCAGUGUGUUAAAUUCUCCACUAAAGCUUGCAUGACCACUUUGUGGAGUGUUGGUGUGUGGGAGGAAGACAACAUGGCAGACCUCGUGCUCCAAACCGAGGGAGGAAGCGGCGGGAUUGUGAUCGAGGAUAACUGGCCUGGUUACAGUUUAGAACUCUUCAGCUACCCUGCACACUACGCGGGGGAUCUAGAAUGUGUCGUCGUUCCACAUGGAGUCAUCAUGGACAGAACGGAGCGUCUAGCUCGAGACAUCAUGGAUGAUCUGGGGGACCAUGACAUCGUGGUCCUGUGCGUGCUCAAAGGGGGCUACCAGUUCUGUGCAGACCUAGUGGACAAGAUUAAGGUGCUGAGCUGCAGCUCGGACCGCACCAUCCCCAUGAGGGUCCACUUUAUUCGUCUCAAAAGCUACCUGAAUGACCAGUCGACAGAAGAUCUUCACAUACUUGGAGCCGAGGACCUGUCAUUUUUACAGGGAAAGAAUGUACUGAUUGUGGAGGGCAUUAUUGGCACCGGUAAGACCCUGAAGGCUCUCCUGAAGCACGUUGAGGCCUUUAAGCCCAAAAUGAUCAAAGUUGCCGGAUUGCUGGUGAAGAGGGUGCCUCACAACACUACACGUCUCCCUCACUACAUUGGCUUUGAGAUACCCAAUCGCUUCGUGGUUGGAUACGCUUUGGACUAUAAUGAGUAUUUCAGGGACCUUAAUCAUAUCUGCGUGAUCAGCGAAAGCGGCAAGAAGAAAUAUAAGAUAUGAGGGAAGGAGUCGUCAUCUCACACAUUUCAGCCCUCUUACAGCUGCUUUGGAGACAGUUGUUCUCUGACGUCAGUCACUGUUCAACAUUCCAUAUGUGAAUCUCCCAGCGCAGACACUGCCCUUUAACAUGUUGUACAGCUGUGGUGGAAUUCCUCAUUCAGUGGAACCUCUAAGGUCGAAUAUCAAGGUUGGAAAUAAUAUAUGCCAUAGGAAAUAAUGUGUUUAUAGAUAAUCUGUUCCAGGGUCAGACUGUUGCCAUAAAUCCUUUAUUAAUUGUACAGGCAAAUUUCAAUGUAACAUUUUAUCACGUUGAACUGUCUUACACGUCUCAUUUUUUUAACAUUCUUACGUGCCACAAAAGUGUAAAAAGAAGUUAACGGCUGUCAAACGACGAGAUACCUUGACUUUGUGGCAUCCCCUGUGGGUUGCGGUCAAAUUGCUUUGGAAGACAUACAUGUAAUAUACAUGUCCUCGAAGUGUCAUAAUCAUUAGACGCAUGCUCAAUGAAAAGACACGCAAAGACAUUUUGAUUGAUGGCGGCCAUGUUUUUCACACAGUCUUGCUCAAAUUUUACAGACAUUGGCCUGUCAGUCCCCUAAAGUUGUGUAGCAAAUUUGAUUCGGCUAAACACCUUAAAAUGACGUUAGGUUGUUUUGUAGAGUGCAUUGAGCUGUGUAAGAAAUUUUAAGUAAGUACAAUUUAUGAGGGUCAAACUUUGGGGUUUAAUAACAAACAGCGCUACCAGAAAGAUACACAGGACACACAGUAAGAGGGCAUGUUUUGACAAAUUUUCACCAUUUUGCUUGCAGCGGGUUAUGAGACUAAGUUUAGAAGGGGUUUACUCAUUUUUUCACUGUAACGUAUUUGGCCAAAGAAAAGCAAGAUGCACCCAUUGCAUUGAAUUUCCCCGCUGUGGGAUAAAUAAAGUACAAAUACAAAUACAAAUACAUUGUUAGUGCUUUGAUGCUAAUUGAAUGAGCUAUGUUGAGGUAUUGAAACAUCAUGGCAUAUGAACGAGAUUUGAAGAACUUUAGAGGUUCCACUGCAUUAUACAAAACUUGCAUGGGAAGUGCGGGAAUUCUGUUGCUUUUUGACUGAUAUUGUUUUACCAUAUGCAGUGCAAGUGACUGGUUGACAUAACCUGCAUGAAUGGAAAUGAAUCCUCCCUAAAUAUGAAAGUGAGUCACAUGUUUGUAAGUAGGAAAAAGGUAGCACUCUGUCAUAAAAUGACUAAUAUGACAUUAUUAUUACCAGCUAUUAAAUGUUUCACUUAGUUCUUGGGAGGACGGUGUAGCUUUUUCAAUACAGACGGACCUCUUUUUAGUGUUCAUUUUGCAUUAAAGUCAUUAAUUGGA